AUGUCUUCUCGCGCUUCUGCCAAAUCACCUACUCCAGGAUCCUCAUCCUCUUCGCGCAACCAGCCUCAGAGCCUCGCGCAGGAGCCUGCUAACACUAAGGACUUCGACAUGCCGGACCUCAACGUUCAACUCGACCUUACCGAGGAAACCAAGAUCUUUAUGUUCUAUCAAGGACUAAAGGACGAAGUCAAGGACGAGAUCAUCAAGAUUGAUCGACCUGACGACUUUCUCUAG